AUGGACAAAAUUAUGUCGAGGAUACUCACGUGGGUCAUUGCAAAAAACAUGGCAUCCUUUAUGUCCAGAAAUGCAAAGAAACGAGUAAGUUCAAAGUUUGCUAGUUGAUGGGGUGUUCUUGGACUUCAACAAAGGCUUAAAAUUUCAGAUUCAGCGAUUCUGCAUGAUAUUUACGUUCAGUUGAUGAGAGGCGUAGUCACCUCGCUUCACAUGUUGUCAGCCGAACACGAGGUAAUAACUACCAGUGGGCUGGAAGGCUUACACAAAGUUUGCGAAGACUGUCUUCGAGAAACAAUAGAGUCGUUGGAAGAAGUGGCGAAUCUAACCUCACGUCAAGAACAAGGUCCUGAACCAUCAUGGUCUAUGCCCAUAAAGUUUUGUGGUGCAACUUCAGUUGCUGAGCCCGGUUCUUACGACUUGUACAUUAGUGGUAGCCGAAGGCAGCAAGUACUACUAUCGAACCUCUCUCUGACGAAGCCGCAAGAAACAAGCCUGCCUUUUAUAGGAUAUACGUUCAAGCGUUUCGAGUCGAAUUACAACCCUCCUAUCGUUCAGACUGCGGUUUCAAAGCCAGAAAAUCAAAAUGCAAGACCAGAUACACCAUCUUUGCAUGCGCCUUCUGGGUUAAGCCCACCAUUGAAUGCAGGGAGUUAUAUGAAGAAAGCGAAGAUGGUAAAACCACGUUAUCGGGAUGGAAGAAAUCGCAAGACUAGGCGUGGCAUCAGUGGGGAUGAGAGCGAGUUUAGAAACUUUCAAUCAGCUACCACACGAGCUACCAGGACGGGAAGUGGUGAUAAUGAUGACAAUAUAACGAUCAAGGUUAUAGGCAAUGCAUGGCUAAUGGUUGGGGGUGCACAAAUCGACUAUGAUGAUGGCGGUGAAAUCGAAAUCAAAAGCCGUAACGUUGAACGAACUAGUAGCAAACGCUCUUCUGAAUUUGGAGCUCCCUCAAGGGACUUUGUCUCAUCACCAAAUGUUUCCUUUGGUGAAGAAACAUUGGAACGGCCUGGGGGCAAAGGAUUUCGAACAACUUCUAUUUCCACCGUGUCUGGACCAGUCUCUUCAGGGACUUCCGGCGGGAUCAACGUACCGGCAAAGACAAUUCACGAUUCUUCUCUAUUCCGCCCCGCUAUCAGACAGAAUCCAAUAUCCCAUGAUGCAAUGUCCGAUCAGACGAGACCACCAACUCAGAUUAUACCACUGAAUUUCAACCGAGAAGAUAAAAAUCCGUCCUCCUGGAUGGCCCCACGCAUAUGCAGACCUAGAUCUUCAACAUUCGUGGAGAGGGAAUUUACUCGCCCAAGUUACUAUACGAGCGACCAGAAUACUGGAAGUGCAUUCGAAAACUUUACCUCCAAACCAAAAGAUCCUGCUGGUGAGAACCUCAAAGUCGAGGAUGAUUCAAUCGCUCUUGGUCUAUAUACUGGAUUCGACAAUGCUUUUGGUGGUUCAUCUUCGAGACCACUAGAAAGCAGGUUCGACCAUCGUGCAACCCGCUAUACUUUCGGUGCCUCCCCACGAACCGAUUAUCAUGCUCAUGCGUCGGAUUUCGCGACGAGUCCGAAGGAACUCCCACCUUCAUACAGCGACUACGAAUAUUCCGAUGAUGAUAUGGAAGCAGCAGCUGGUCUAAAUGCUAUGCGGGUAGCUCAAGAACAAGACUCCGGUGAGGGGUUACCAGAUUCUCCAGCCUAUAGUCCGACUAGUCCAGGUAAUAGUCCAAAGGGUUUGGGAGAAAGGGGCAAUGCUUCAACUGAUGUGAACUUUCCGGAGAAUGUUCAGCACACAUUGAGCUUCGGAGGUCCUGCUCAGGACAAUAAGCAGCCAAAAAAGGAGGAGAGCUCAGAUUUCUGGUACUCUGCCUUCCAAAGUAUGCGCAAUUCCAAGGAAAUGGGGUACAUGGUCCUGAGCAACCAGUUAGAAACCUUGGGCAUUGAAACACAUCCACAUCCAUAA